AUGAUCCCAGUCUUGCAAGAACGCGCUAAGAAGUGGGAUGCAUUUGUGCGAAUCAGGGAUGAAGCGGAAAUUAAAUUGGGCAUAUUGCGAAAGUCACUCGGCAAAGUGUUGGCAAAACCAAGAAGAUCUACUAAUGACGUUAAGAAAGACUUCGAUGUUAUUUCUGGGAAGAGGAAGUCUUACAUAGUUUGUCAAUUUCAACAGUUUGCUGAACUUUUCGAUCCUCAUGAGAGCGUCUACACCGACCUUCUAUUCAUGGGCCUUGACGCAGAAGAAAUGGAGAAGCAGUAUGAUGACGUACUGAAUAAGAUGUUAUCUGAAAUCGAGGACGAGAAUCUGCUUUGUGGGGCAGUAGACCACUCCAACACCAAGAUGAAUUCCAUCUUUGAUCUGCUAUCCAGAGAACCCACUAAAGAGAAUAUCGAGAAUGUCGAACAAUUCCAACUUCCGGCACUUCGAGCACAGCUAGCGAUUCUGAAGGAGAAAUACGACGAGGCUAGUCAUGCUCGUAAGCAUGUGGACCCCGACUCUUCUCGCUUCGCUGCCCUAGAAGAUCGUAUGAAGAGCCUCGACUCGAUGCUAGAAAAUGCCAAGAAAACCGUUGAGAAUCACGAACAGGAGCGCAUUCCAAUCACCGCGCAACUGUGA